GUGGGCGUUCUAGACAAUUGGCAAGGAGGAAGCAAGGAGGAAAAGGGAAGGCAGAAAGAAAAUCAGUUCAUGCGAAAAUUGAGCGUUGAACAAAGCUGCCAUUGCUGGUAUGCCCAGCAUGCAUCACGAAUCACGAUACAGGAUGGCUGUAAGCUGACGACAACGUGCAUCGUGCACCGCCAUCGUGUAUCUGAAAGCAACAUCAUUGAUCAUCUGCUUGGCAUAUUAAGUAGACGCCAAAGCACCACAUCCGUCCGUGAAUUGUCAUGGCAAGCGGAGACGGUGGUAAGAUCAUACCACCUAGCAAGCGGCCUGAUGGGACUCUACGAAAGGAGAUAAGAGUCCGGGCAGGUUAUGUACCGCCUGAUGAGGUGCAGAGAUAUGAGUCAAAAGGAACUCAGUUCAAGAAAGGCGUGGGUGUUCCUGGUUUAGAGUUUGUGGACGAUGGCCUGUCAAAACCAAAGGGCAAAUCGGCGGCUCGGAACGAGCGUAGAAAGCAAAAGAAGGAGGAGUCUGCAUCCUCCACAAGUGCACCGGCGGAGAGUUUAGAAACUCGAGUUGCGGGUUUGUCCGUUGCGGAAGCUGGCCCGACUGGUGGUAAGGGCGAGGGAGGGGCGUCCGCUGCUCCCGCUCCGUCGGCAGGGGCGAGCAAUGCGGAAGACGAGAGGGGAGCGCUUGAGAAGAAGCUGAGGGCACUCAAAAAGAAGAUUCGUCAAGCAGAGGCUAUAGAGGAAAGUUUGAAAGCGGGUGGCGCGGCAACUGACGAGCAGAAAGAGAAAGUAAGCAAGUUGCCACUAUGGCGAAACGAAGAGAAUAUGUUAGAGAAACAGAUUUCGCAAACAGCAAGCUAAGUAAGCCGACAUUGAUAUGUCAACUUUGUACGAAAUUCUGCACGCACUUUUUGAGUCAUAUGUGCUUGGUAUCAUGCUAGAUUGGGAGGAUCAAACGCGGUCUGUCGACGACGUUUUGAGGAGCCCAUGCAUACUCUCUGAAAUUAUCCGGAAGAUAGAGAUAUCUACACACACAUGAACCACAUGCCUUCUUCCUUUGCAAAGAAAAACUAGUUAGCUCGC